GUUCCUACCUUAACUUCCCUCAACGGACUAUGAUUCGGAAUAUUGUGCUUCAGGAAGCAGUUAUGUCUGUCCUGUACCCAUCUCUGGAGGAUCUGAAGGUGGGCCAAGUCAUCCAGGCCCAGGCAAGAGCCUCACCCAUGACGCCCACUCUGUCAGCCCCAAUGGCUUCUGCACCCCCACUUUCAGAGUUGUAUCCAAACCUGGCAGAACUGGAAAGUUAUAUGGGACUGUCUCUCUCUAGCCAAGAAGUUCAGAAGAACCUGUCCCAGAUUCCAGAUGGUGAUAAUAUGGUGGUCACUAGCCCUGGUCCUGGGCAGGUGGUAGCACCAGUAUCUGGGAACAACCUGGGUGUACUGCGUGCAGAGAUCAAGCCUGGCGUGCGAGAGAUCCACCUGUGCAAGGAUGAGCGUGGCAAGACUGGACUGCGUCUGCAGGCUGUUGACAAGGGGCUCUUUGUGCAGCUGGUCCAGGCCAACACCCCUGCAUCCCUUGUGGGGUUGCGCUUUGGGGACCAGAUCCUGCAGAUUGAUGGGUGUGACUGUGCUGGGUGGAACACACACAAAGCUCACAAAGCACUGAAGAAGGCAUCAGCGGAGAAGAUUGUCAUGGUUGUUCGAGACAGGCCAUUCCAGAGGACUGUCACCAUGCACAAAGACAGCUCAGGCCAAGUUGGCUUUUUCAUCAAAAAGGGGAAGAUUGUCUCUGUGGUAAAGGGAAGUUCUGCAGCCCGCAAUGGACUUCUGACCAACCACUAUGUGUGUGAGGUGAACGGACAGAACGUCAUUGGGCUAAAGGACAAAAAGAUUACUGAGAUUCUGACCACAGCUGGAAAUGUCAUCACACUGACCAUCAUUCCCACUGUGAUCUACGAGCACAUGAUCAAAAAGUUGUCCCCAUUGCUGCUUCACCACACCAUGGACCACUCCAUUCCAGACACCUGAAGUUACCAGAGGGCAGCGCAGGCUUCCCAUCAUCCUGCCGGGAAGACAGCAGUCCUCAGAUGACAGGUUGCAGCUGGCUUGUUGCCUGGGUCUGGGGAUUGCAGGGAUGUGUCCCAGGUGGGUGUGUAUUGGAUGAGUCUGUCAUUGCCGAUUUUAGGCCUCUUUGGAUCCUGACUCCUAGCUAUGUUGAGGCACAAAUGGGACUUAGGCAUCUGGUUCUCAGCAGAAUGUCACUGAGUGCUGCUGUAUCCCUUUGCAGACUGCCUCAUCUAGAAAGUCAGCUGCUUGAUUUGACAGAGGAGUGCCUUGUGUGUUGUCUUCAUUGAUCUUUGUCACAGGUUAUGUAUAGAUUUAUGGUAACCCUUUAUCUUGUAGGUUAGUUGUAACCCUUUACUGUCUUUCGAAUAAAGAGUGGAUUU